AUGAAGCUCGACCCGUCGCACUUCAGCCACCUGGGCAACACGGAGUUCCGUGUGCUCACGGCGAUCGAGCUCGGUAUGCGCAACCACGAGUACAUCCCGCUGAAGCUGAUCACCGCGACCGCCAACCUGCGGUCCUGCGGGAUGUCUAACGUGCUGGCUUCCCUGGCGAAAGCGAAGCUCAUCGUGCACUGCAACGAGAGCUACGACGGCUAUAAGCUGACCUUCCUCGGGCUGGACUACCUGGCGCUCCGCGCGCUGCUGAAGCGCGGCGUCAUCAGCGCCGUUGGCAGGCGCAUCGGCGUCGGCAAGGAGGCCGACGUCCACCUCUGCACGGACGCCGAAGGCAACCUGCUGGUGCUGAAGCUGCAUCGCCUGGGCCGCGUCUCGUUCCGCGCCGUCAAGCACAAGCGGGACUACAUGGGCAAGCGGAGGCACGCCAGCUGGAUGUACAUGUCGCAGCUGGCUGCGAAGAAGGAGUACUCCUACCUGUCUGCGCUGUGGGAGGAGAACUUCCCCGUGCCGCAGCCCCUGGACAUAAAUCGCCAUGUUAUCGCAAUGAAGUUCGUCGACGGCGUGCCCCUGUCGCAGGUUCGCGAGAUGGCGGAGCCCAAACGCGUUCUGCACAUGCUAAUGAAGCUUAUCGUGCGGCUGGCCCGCGUGGGCAUCAUACACGGCGACUUCAACGGGUUCAACCUUAUGAUCAGCGAGGACGGGAAGCAGGUCACCGUCAUCGACUUCCCGCAGGUGGUGUCGGUGACGCACGAGGACGCUGAAUUCUACUUCGACCGCGACGUCGAAUGCGUUCGCGAGAUGUUCCGCAAGAAGUUCAAGAUGGACGUUUUCGAAUACCCGAGGUUCGCCGACGUGGUCCCGAAAACCGACGACCCGAACUCCUGCGGGCGCCUGAAGCUCAAGGUCGUGAUUGACAAGGUCGAUGACGGCAUUCUGAGCGAGAUUUUGCAGCACCUGCGCCAGGAGGAGAUCGUCAAGCAGGCGGAGUCGGACCCACAGCAGAUCUCUGCGCAGAUGGAGAAGCUGUCACUGAAACCCGGUGACGCCGAAAAGGACGGUGAUGAGGAUGACGAGAGCGAGAGCGACAGCGACUAUCGCUCGUCCGAUGACGACGACCCCGCCGGAUCCCCGCGCCUAAGCGAGAGCCCUGGAAGCAGCGAGGCGGACAAUGCUGAGAAGUGCGGCUACGACACCGAUGACGAGGCCGAGGAUGACAAUGACCAGGACGCCGAGAGUUCCGCCAAUUCCUCGGUAACAGAGGACUCAACCCCCGAGGACUCCAGCGACGUGGAAUCCGACCCCGCGGACGGGGGAGUCGAAGAGGACGAGGACAGCAGCGACAGCGGUUACGACACCGACGACGAGCGCGACCCCGGCGAGGCCGACGGCACCCGCGCUGAGAAGUCCAAGCCCAUCCAGAUCUGGACGCCGCACGUGAAGCGCAUAAACGCCAGCGCCUACGGCCACCGCAUCAACACACGAGCGCGCAACAAGGCGAAGGCCGAGACCAAGAAGGGCCACAAACAACGCAAGCAGCUGACCGAGGCCAACCUCGCCGUGAAGGGCGGCGGCGUCUGGUGA